UCAGUGUGGGUUUUCCUGGCAUGCAAAAGAAGAUGGUCCCGGCCGUCCGGCUGCUGGGCACCGCGUGAUUUCAUACAAACUGAGCCACAGGACUGGGCGCGGAGGCCCAUCUGGGGAGGAAACUCUCGGGAGAGGACGCUCCCCGUUCUGACGUGCGCACACGAGGAGAAUGGAUCGAUUCAGGGUCCCCCGCACAAAAGAACUGGAGUUUGGGGGUGUCCUAGGGGCUGCUCUCCUGAUCGUCCUGAUGCCGGCCACUGUCUUCUACCUGCUGCUGACCUGCCGGACGGAGGAAGCCAGCCUGCUGAGCUUCCCUGCGCCUUUGCCCACGCUGCGCUCCUUGUGGAGCCCGAAGGACUGCCUGCUGGUCCUCGCCUGGCUCGGGCUUCAAGCUGCACUGUACAUGUUGCCGAUGGGCAAGGUAACGGAAGGGAUCGCCCUGCGGGACAAGAGUCGGCUGCAGUACCGUGUGAAUGGUUCACACGCCAUGCUAGUCACCGCGCUGGUUCUGGGGGCCGGACUGGCUGCAGGACUGCGCCUCAGUUACAUUUACGACCACUUCCUGCAAUUGGCUUUCUCCGCAUCCCUCAUCGCUUUCGGACUGAGCAUCUUCCUCUAUCUCAAGUCCCUCUUUGCUCCAGAGACGGCUCUGGCUCCGAGCGGGAAUUCUGGAAACCCAAUUUAUGACUUCUUCAUGGGCCACGAGCUGAACCCGCGCCUUGGUGCCUUCGACCUCAAGUAUUUCUGUGAGCUGCGCCCAGGUCUCCUUGGAUGGGCCUUGAUCAACAUGGCCAUGCUGGUGAAGGAGACGGAGCUGCGGGCCAGCCCCUCCUUGGCCAUGAUCCUGGUGAACGGCUUCCAGCUCCUGUACGUGGUGGAUGCCUUCUGGCAUGAGGAGGCCAUCCUCACCUCCAUGGACAUUAUCCACGACGGCUUCGGCUUCAUGCUGGCUUUCGGGGACCUGACGUGGGUCCCGUUUGUGUACAGUCUCCAGGCCUACUUCCUGGUAAACCACCCUCAGAAGCUCAGCCUGCCCAUGGCUGGGGGCAUCAUCUUGAUAAACGGGUUGGGCUACUCCAUCUUCCGUGGGGCGAACUCCCAGAAGAACACCUUCCGCCGGAACCCCGCUGACCCCAGAGUAGCUGGGCUGAGGACCAUCCCCACGGCCACCGGACGGCGCCUGCUCGCAUCAGGAUGGUGGGGGUUUGUACGGCAUCCAAACUACUUAGGGGACCUCAUCAUGGCGUUUGCCUGGUCCUUACCGUGUGGACUGACCCACACCCUACCUUAUUUCUACAUUCUCUACUUCACGGUGCUUCUAGUUCACCGGGAGGCCCGGGACGAGCGCCAGUGCCUGCGGAAGUACGGCUUGGCAUGGCAGGAAUACUGCCGCCGUGUGCCGUACCGGAUCUUUCCGUACAUCUAUUGACUCGCUGUUCCGCUGUUCAACCGGCGCCGCGACCGCACUGAUGGGAAGCCAGCCUCCCACGUGGCUUGGCCCUGCAGAACAGAAGCUCGUGCCCUUCGGAGAAACCAGAUGCCUCGGUCGGCAAGUA